AUGUCAAAUAUAUUUAAUCAAAUGAAAUAUCAACGAAAGAUUUAUAAAGAAAAUCUUCAAGCAACAAAAUAUGGUCAUAUACUAAAUUCGGAAUCAAAAGAGUCCUUUACUAUGAUACUUAAUACUGAUGGUGCUAUUACGAAAAACAAACAUGUAUCUCUAUGGCCAAUAACUUUUAUGAUAAACGAAAUCCCUUUCCCAAAUCGACGAUAUUCGGAAUCUAUAAUUCUUGGUGGUGUUUUACCAACAUCAAAUCAUCCAACUAAUAAAUUAUUUCGAACUAUACUGGGCAUGAUAUAUCAAGAAUGUGCAUAA